CUCGGGGGCCAUUUUGUGAAGAGACGAAGGCUGAGCGGUUGUGGCCGCCUUGCUGACCUCGAGCAGCGGUCGGCUUCUUCACAUAGAAUCUGGGAGUAGGAGAUUCAGAAUCGAAUCUCUUCUCCCUCCCCCCUCCUGGUUACAAAUCACUUGAAAUAUAUAAGUUAGUGGAACUUUGCUUGAGGGCAGCAAGGCGAACCCCAUCCCUACUCACUGGAGCUCAGCUUUGAUUUUUAACCUCCCUCCCCCACCCUUCCAGAACACACACAUUCCCAUUCCAAAACUGAUUUUAUAAAGACAUUUUAAACAUAAGGAUGCAACUUGAUGUGCACUACAGCAAAUUUACAGUGAGAUUUUUUUGAUCUUCAGCUACAUUCUUGCACCUUUGUGAAGAACCUUAUCAAUCACGAUGGCUAGCAACGUUACCAACAAGACUGAUCCACGCUCCAUGAAUUCCCGUGUAUUCAUUGGGAAUCUCAACACUCUGGUGGUCAAGAAGUCUGAUGUGGAGGCAAUCUUCUCGAAGUAUGGCAAAAUUGUGGGUUGCUCUGUUCAUAAGGGCUUUGCCUUCGUCCAGUAUGUUAAUGAGAGAAAUGCCCGGGCUGCUGUAGCCGGAGAGGAUGGAAGAAUGAUUGCUGGCCAGGUUUUAGAUAUUAAUCUGGCUGCAGAGCCAAAAGUGAACAGAGGAAAAGCAGGUGUGAAACGAUCUGCAGCGGAGAUGUACGGGUCAGUACCAGAACACCCUUCUCCGUCCCCUCUACUCAGCUCCUCUUUUGACUUGGACUAUGAUUUUCAACGUGAUUAUUAUGACAGGAUGUACAGUUACCCAGCACGUGUUCCUCCUCCUCCUCCUAUUGCUAGGGCUGUAGUGCCCUCUAAACGCCAGCGUGUAUCAGGAAACACCUCUCGAAGGGGCAAAAGUGGCUUCAAUUCUAAGAGUGGACAACGGGGAUCUUCUUCUAAGUCUGGAAAGUUGAAAGGAGAUGACCUUCAGGCCAUUAAGAAGGAGCUGACCCAAAUAAAACAAAAAGUGGACUCUCUUCUGGAAAGCCUGGAAAAAAUUGAAAAGGAGCAGAGUAAACAAGCAGUAGAGACGAAGAAUGAUAAAUCAGAAGAGGAGCAGAGCAGCAGCUCCCUGAAGAAAGAUGAAACUAAUGUGAAGAUGGAGUCUGAGGGGGGUGCAGAUGACUCUGCUGAGGAGGGGGACCUACUGGAUGAUGAUGAUAAUGAAGAUCGGGGGGAUGACCAGCUGGAGUUGAUCAAGGAUGAUGAAAAAGAGGCAGAGGAAGGAGAGGAUGACAGAGACAGCGCCAAUGGCGAGGAUGACUCUUAAGCACAUAGUGGGGUUUAGAAAUCUUAUCCCAUUAUUUCUUUACCUAGGCGCUUGUCUAAGAUCAAAAUUUCACCAGAUCCUCUCCCCUAGUAUCUUCAGCACAUGCUCACUGUUCUCCCUAUCUUUGUCCUUCCCAUGUUCAUUAAUUCAUAUUGCCCUGCGCCUAGUCCCAUUUUCACUUCCUUUGACGCUCCUAGUAGUUUUGUUAAGUCUUACCCUGUAAUUUUUGCUUUUAAUUUUGAUACCUCUUUAUGACUUAACAAUAAAAAGGAUGUAUGGUUUUUA